AAUUUAACUGUCAUGGCAGCCCCCUUGCAGAACACAUUUGUUCGUGAAAUAGAGACGAAUACAGAUGAAGUCCUUUGUAUCCACCAACUUGAAGUUGGUGACGUUGGUUGUGUUGUAUGGGAUGCAGCACUAGUUUUGUCGAAAUACAUGGAAACUCCCGAUUUCAAGAAUGGUGAACUGUUACAGGGCAAGAAAAUCUUAGAACUUGGAGCAGGGACGGGUUGUGUGGGACUCAUUGCUGCUCAUUUAGGAGCUGAGGUCACAAUUACAGAUUUACCAGAAUUUGUGCCUUUGAUUGAAAUGAACAUUGAGAAAAACAAAUCAGCAAUAAAAGGUUCAGCCAGAGCACAACCUUUGACCUGGGGUCAGGACACAAUCGCAGACUAUUACCAUUAUAUUUUGCUAGCAGACUGCAUUUAUUAUGAAGAGGUAAAAAAGAAGAGCUCAAUUUAGUUUUCUUUUUUCUUUCUUAAUUU